UCGCUCCUCGAGAAGUAUAUCAGACUCCCAACACCAGAGGAGAAGGAGGAUGCAAAGGCAUGGGUGGAGGAACAUUCCUGCCAUGCAUGGCGACAUGGCUGGUGUAUGGUAGACGGGACACUUGUUCCGCUGUUUACCAGGCCGCAUUGGUUUGGGGAGAGCUACUUCGAUCGGAAGUGUCGUUACUCUCUGAAUGUGCAGAUUGUUUCAAUGCCCAACCUACGCAUCAUCGAUGUCAGCUACGGCUUCACUGGUAGCACACAUGACUCGACCGCCUGGGAAGCCACCCGACUAGCACAGGAUCAUGAGGAGAUCUUGACAGGCACUGAAUUUGUCUGGGGAGACUCGGCAUAUCCGGUACGUCGCUGA